CGUACCCAUUAGACGAUACAAGGCAUCGAAAAAGAAUAACGGAACAGAAAAAAUCGGAACUCGAGUCACCAAAAUAUAUUACGAAUUCAUCAGGUCAAAAACUUCUUUUGGGAAUCAAUAAUAGACUUUGGGUUGUUGUUGACAUUUUGAUUAAUGUUGUGAAGACAUAUUCAGAUGCGUAUAAUGGUGUUAGAUUUGGUAUAUGGCAAAUAAUUUAUUUGAUAUGGAUAGGAUUAUUAUGUAUUGGAUUUAUUUGUGGAGAAUAUUGGUACAAUUAUCGAAAUGGUGUUUUCUUUUGGAACACUUCUGAUCCCGAGGAUAAUCAACAUCGUAUUGAAUCAUUAAUUAAUGGUUAUAAUAAAUUGCCUGACAUAACUUGGGAUGAUGUGAAUCAAAGGGUAGCCAGUGAUUUUUUUCAUGAUAAAUCAAAAAUACAACAAACGCAACCAAUACAAAAGCCUAUCAAUAAAAAUUUAAUAAUACAAAGUAAUAAUGACGCGGAGAAAUUAUUUUUAAAGAAACGUAACAUUCAAAAAAAAUUACACAGACCAAUUUCGCUUGCAGUAAAAGUUGAUCAAAUCAAUGCAAAAACUUCUUUUAAUAAUAAAAUAUCACGUGUAGCGAUUCACAGUCAUAGUAAAUUUGCCGCAACAAAAUUAGCUACAAUGGCAAUCGCAAAAUUAUUAAAGAAUGAUCAUCUUCGUAAUAAUCGAUUAACGUUCUUACCAUCUUCUCAAUCCUAA